CUGUAUGCCAUCCUCCAGAGCGGUCUAGCUUAGACGCUCGCACUGUGUACGUGCAACCUGUACAGUCCCGGCGCCUACAGCUCUGUGUGUAGCUGCUGCUUCGGUUGAAGUUCAACCUCUCACUGGGUUACAAAGUGGCAGAAUGUCUCAGUGGUAUGAACUUCAGCAGCUUGACUCCAAAUUCCUGGAGCAGGUUCACCAGCUUUAUGAUGACAGUUUUCCCAUGGAAAUCAGACAGUACCUAGCACAGUGGCUAGAAAAGCAAGACUGGGAGCACGCUGCCAAUGACGUUUCAUUUGCCAUCAUCCGUUUUCACGACCUCCUGUCACAGCUGGAUGAUCAAUACAGUCGCUUCUCUUUGGAGAAUAACUUUUUGUUGCAGCAUAACAUAAGGAAAAGCAAGCGUAAUCUUCAGGAUAAUUUUCAGGAAGAUCCAAUCCUGAUGUCUAUGAUCAUCUUUAACUGUCUAAAGGAGGAAAGGAAGAUUUUGGAAAAUGCCCAGAGAUUUAAUCAGGCCCAGUCGGGGAACAUUCAGAACGCUGUGAUGUUAGAUAAACAGAAGGAGCUGGACAGCAAAGUCAGAAAUGUGAAGGACAAAGUUAUGUGUAUAGAGCAUGAAAUCAAGAGCCUAGAAGAUUUACAAGAUGAAUAUGACUUUAAAUGCAAAACCUUGCAGAACAGAGAACAUGAAACCAGUGGUGUGGCCACGAAUGAACAGAAACAAGAAAAGCUGUUAAUCCAGAAGUUGUAUUUAAUGCUUGACAAUAAAAGAAAGGAAGUAGUUCAUAAAAUAAUAGAGUUGUUGAACAUCACUGAGCUUACCCAGAAUGCCUUGAUUAAUGACGAGCUGGUGGAGUGGAAGCGGAGACAGCAGAGUGCCUGUAUUGGGGGACCGCCCAAUGCUUGCCUGGAUCAGCUGCAGAACUGGUUCACCAUAGUUGCAGAAAGUCUGCAGCAAGUUCGUCAGCAGCUUAAAAAGCUGGAAGAGUUGGAACAGAAGUAUACCUAUGAACACGACCCCAUCACAAAAAACAAGCAAGUGUUGUGGGACCGCACCUUUACCCUUUUCCAGCAGCUCAUUCAGAGCUCAUUCGUGGUGGAGAGACAGCCUUGCAUGCCGACUCACCCCCAGAGGCCAUUGGUCUUGAAGACCGGGGUGCAGUUCACCGUGAAGUUGAGGCUGUUGGUGAAGUUGCAAGAGCUGAAUUAUAACUUGAAAGUCAAAGUCUUAUUUGAUAAAGACGUGAAUGAGAGAAACACAGUAAAAGGAUUUAGAAAGUUCAACAUUUUGGGCACACACACGAAAGUGAUGAACAUGGAGGAGUCCACCAAUGGAAGUCUGGCGGCUGAAUUUCGACAUCUGCAACUGAAAGAACAGAAAAAUGCUGGCUCCAGGACUAACGAGGGCCCUCUCAUUGUUACUGAAGAGCUUCACUCUCUUAGUUUUGAAACCCAGUUGUGCCAACCUGGUUUGGUAAUUGAUCUUGAGACGACCUCUCUGCCCAUUGUGGUGAUCUCCAAUGUCAGCCAGCUCCCAAGUGGCUGGGCCUCCAUCCUGUGGUACAACAUGCUGGUGGCAGAACCCAGGAAUCUGUCCUUCUUCCUGAAUCCACCGUGUGCACGAUGGUCUCAGCUUUCAGAGGUCCUGAGCUGGCAGUUUUCUUCUGUCACCAAGAGAGGUCUCAAUGUGGACCAACUGAAUAUGUUGGGAGAGAAGCUUCUUGGUCCUAACGCUAGCCCUGAUGGUCUUAUUCCAUGGUCGAGGUUUUGUAAGGAAAAUAUAAAUGAUAAAAACUUUUCUUUCUGGCAUUGGAUUGAAAACAUCCUAGAACUCAUUAAAAAACACCUGCUCUCUCUCUGGAAUGAUGGAUGUAUCAUGGGCUUCAUCAGCAAGGAGCGGGAACGCGAACUGCUGAAGGACCAGCAGUCGGGGACCUUCUUGCUGCGCUUCAGUGAGAGCUGCCGGGAAGGGGCCAUCACAUUCACGUGGGUGGAGCGCUCCCAGAAUGGAGGCGAACCUCACAUCCAUGCGGUUGAACCUUAUACCAAGAAAGAACUUUCUGCUGUUACUUUCCCUGAUAUCAUUCGCAAUUAUAAAGUCAUGGCGGCUGAGAAUAUUCCAGAGAAUCCCCUGAAGUAUCUCUAUCCAAAUAUUGACAAAGACCAUGCCUUUGGAAAGUACUACUCCAGGCCAAAGGAAGCACCAGAACCCAUGGAACUUGACGGCCCUAAAGGAACUGGAUACAUCAAGACUGAGUUGAUUUCUGUGUCUGAAGUUCACCCUUCUAGACUUCAAACUACAGACAACCUGCUCCCGAUGUCUCCUGAGGAGUUUGACGAGGUGUCUGAUGAGGUGUCUCGGAUAGUGGGCGCUGUGGGGUUUGACAGUAUGAUGAAUGCAGUAUAGACCAUGAAUUUUUCUCAUCUCCUAUGAUGACAGUUUUCCUUCCCAUCUGUGAUGCCUUCCUGCUACUCUGUUCCUUCGUGUCCUGUGUUUCUAGAGAAAUGAAAGAAAAACCAACAAAUUUGCUGCAACCUGUUCAUAGCAUGUGAAUCUUUAACUCAGAAAUUGUUGCAGUGAAAGGCAUCAUGCAUCUUCUUGAAGGUAAAACUGAAAGGCAUUCUCUGCAGAGUGGGUUUUGCAAAUACAAAACAUCCAGAUAUACCCAAAACAUUAGAACUAGAAUGAGAGUCCUUCAGGAAGGAUGAGAAGUUUAGCACCAUUUAGCAAAUGCCAUGCACAAAGUCAGUGCCCGACAGUUAUAGGUGUUUGGGUAGAUCAAUGGUUAUUUAGGGAACCUCUUGAUGUAAGAAUGGUAAAUUUCUAUUCUGGAACAUUCUUAUGUAUUCUGUCUGCUCUGAAUGUGGCUGGAAGUUUUCCACUGGUUUAUCUAUGAAAUAAUUCAAAGCCAUGUUCAUAUAAAUUAUAUCAACCCUUUAUCAGAGGUAGCCAUCUUAUAUCUGAGAAGGGAAAAAAGUUGUGUAUUUUAUUAUAUCUUCCACGUUGGCCAUUUAAAACUAAAGACAAAUUCUCUUAAGAGAAUUAGCUUUUUCUGUUCGUUAUGGCUUAAGGGGGUACCGGCUAAUCUCAAUAGGAGGAAGUACCUUUUCCAAAUUCACAAGUAGUGAUUUCUCUUUAAACUUCAGUAUCCAAAACUGAAAACUUUCUGCUUUUAUCUUGGUCACUAGUAUAUAAAAUUAUUUUUGCAGUUCAUUAAGGGAGCCAGUCUAUUUACAACAGCUCUGUCUCAAGGCACGUCAUCUUUAUUUUUCUAAAAGCUGAAAUUAAUCAGGAAUAGGUAAACUCAGAAAUUUAAUUUAUGUUUCUUAAAUCAUUAAUCAGAGAUCAUUUUAAAACUCAUGCCCUAUGUAAUUCCAUUGAGAACUGCAUAUUUUUCACAGUUAAAUGUGUUUUUCUAGCAUCACAUUUUCAAAUGGUACUACACUUUGUUCAGACACUUUUUUGAAUGGAUGUUUCUUGCAGUAUACUUUUUCUUUGCCUUCUUCUGUCAUUAUUAGUGUCAUUAAAUAGCACUGACAACAAAAAGGUGGGUUAGGAAAUGGGUUUGACAAGGUUCAUGGCUGUGUCUUGUUUUUUUACUAUGGCUAAUGCAACUGUAUCACUAUUAGUAUUAUUAUUAUUAUUAUGCCAAUCCUGUAUUUUUUUUGAUGGAGAUAGAGUGUUCUUGAAGUCUGUUGUAAAAUUAAAGCUGAAGUAUGUGUAUUAUAUUAAAUAUACUAUGCACACAGUGCUUUCCUUGGUACUGCACACAAAGUGAGACCCCUCCUCUUUGUUUUUACAUGAGGCAUCAACCUGAUGGGUUUGCUUAACCUUUUAAAUGAUCAAGAAACAAGGUACCACUUUAAAAAUACAUUCAUUCUAAUUGUUGGAAUGUAACUAUCUGUUCAAUUUUUGCACUUUGAGAAUAAUUUGGCAUGCAUGGUUUCAUUUAUUGCACUAGCCAAGAGACUUUGUUUACUUUUAAGAAGUAUUAAAAUUCUAAUGUUAGUCUCUUAUUAAUAGUAUUUCACAAAAAUAUUUUAGAAGUUUCUGGCAUUAUAAAUUGGUUUAAUGUAUAUCAUUCCUUUAAAAAUAAGAUUAAUAACACUAUUUUCUUAAGUAUUGCCUUUACUUACCCUAUUUGUAAUCAGAAUAGCGAAAGCAGACUAACAUAGGUUGAUGGAAGAUAUCGGAGAAGAAAUAUUAUUGGAAAGAGCUAUAAUAGAUGCUGUAGAAAGCAAACAAAAAAAGUACUUUGAUUCUGCCUCCCAAUACACAAGUAAUUCAGCCCUUAUUUUAAAAUGAAUUUAAUACUCACUUUAGCACUUUUUAAUUAUAAAAUACAUGUGAAAUGGGACUCUGUCUCAUCUGAAAAGCAAUCAUCUAAAAUCCAUGCCCCCAUGAUUAGAUGAGUUAAUAUUAAGAAUUUAUUGCACCCCACAAAAAGGGUAUCGUUUUUCUCUAAAGAUACUAGAGAAGCUAGAAAGUCAUACCCUUCUCAAAGUAAAGCAGUGUGCUAGAAAAAAUAAGAAGAGACAUGAUCACCAAGUUAAACAACUGGAAAAUUUGAUUUAACCACAGGGAAUAGUGGUAUAGGCUUGACUUCUGUGACCAUAAGCAAUGUGACCAUUCUUAGCGCCAUAUCUACAGUAUUAGCAUCUAGGAAAUAGAAAGUUUACCAUAAUGAGCACUGAGAGCUGUGUCUCCUCAGGGGAUAAAGUAUGUCUGCCCUAGCUUACUAGCAUAAGUUUGCGGGGUUUUGUUUGUUUGUUUCCUGCCUCCCUCUUCCAGCCCCUGCGAUCUUAUAUAACUAACCGGAUCCUAACAAGUCACUGACUCGAUCCUGGUUUAAGAGGAUCGAGUUUGCACUUUGCUAGUAUGGCAAUUGUAGGGUGUUUGCAGGUUUGAAAAGUGGUUUCUAUGUACAGAGCUUAUGCAUACCACUUGGGACAAAUGUCUCAUUUUUAUAGAAAGAGUGUUCUACUGUGGCAUUGAAUGAGUGAAAUCUACUAUUGCCUGAAGCUAAAGUGGAAUAUGAAGGCAAUUCUUGAACAAAGCAGUCUCUAUCACAUCUGACUAUCCCAGGGAAAGGACAGGAGAAAACUAGAAAGUAUUUUGAAAACUCUUUUUUUUUUUUUUUUUUUUUUAGAGACAGAGUCUCACUUUAUUGACCUCAGUAGAAUGCUAUGGCAUCACACAGCUCACAGCAACCUCCAGCUUCUGGGCUUAGGCGAUUCUCUUGCCUCAGCCUCCCAAGUAGCUGGGACUACAGGCGCCCGCCACAACGCCCAACUAUUUUAUGUUGCAGUUUGGCCGGGGCUGGUUUUGAACCCACCACCCUUGGUAUAUGGAGCCUGCGCCCUACUCACUGAGCCACAGAAAACUCUUAUACCUGCCUUUUGAGCUGGGAUGCUAUUCCCAAAGUAAAGAGUAUUUACUUGAGUAGUUUCUUUUGGGCUAGUUAAGAUUCAUUUAUUAAUUCAUCAAAUACAUAUGGAGCACCUGCCAUGAGCCAGGCAUUAUUCUGGAAGUUUAGAAACCUUGGUAAACAAAAACAAAGUCCAUGCUUUUACAAAACUUAAGGUGAUUCUGUUGCAAUCACCUUACUUACCAAAACUUAAGAAAGAUUUUGUGAGGCAAACAUGGCCAAAAGCUACAAAUAAUAUACACAAUUUCUAAGUAAUGACAGUUAAGCUAGGUUUAAGAAGGCUAAAGAUUAUAUUGUUUUUGGAGCCUUAAGUUCUUAAAUGAUACUGAGUCAGUAACACUAAGCUUUCAAGUUUGGUGAACUAACUUCAGGUUGUGUUUGCUAUACUCACUGAGAAAUUAAACACUUUUCUUGAUUUAUUGUUUAAGAAAAAAAAAGAACCAUACUUAAGCAGUUUUAAACUUAUUGGUUAAAGUUACAUUGGGUAUACAAGGAACGUAAAGCUACCUAAAAGAUAAAAAGCUGUCAGAUACCUGUUACCAAAGUCUGAAUUCCGUUAUAUUCAUAAUGCUAUUAUAAUACUUCAGUACCUUACUCUUGGUGUCUGCCCAUUUCUUGGGCAGGAAUGAAAGAGGCUUGACAUUCUUUGGCUAUUAGAACUGCCUGUCUGACUCACUUCAGGGCAGGCUUUUUAUGGACCAUUUGGAGAGGCAGCCAGGGUCAUGGGAGGUCACACAGAGGCUGACUUGGGUUCAGGCUCUAAAACAGAAAUAACCCCCCCAAUCUCUGCUCUCAAUGCCUCUAAUCCAGUUACUUGUUACCCCACCCCUUUUAAUAACUGUCUUAAUUUUCUAAUUUUUAGCCAUCCCCAAACAACACACACACCUUCUCUAAGCCAAUAAAUUAUGGCCUUUCUAUACCUAAGUCCCCUUUCCCCAAAGGCCUUUUUAUAAGGCCACCUAACAUAUAUGUGAGCUCUUUCCUGACCCAUUUGGGGUAUGAUUUAUGAAUAUACUCUUUUUACUAUGAGGAUUAGCAAGUAAAAUUAGGAAGAUUACCCCAACCUCUGAGAAACUCCCACAAAACUAAAAUGAUCUUGUAUUAAAAACAAAUACAACUCUUCACUACUUGGGAUUAUUCAUGCAUUUGUCAUCCCUACGCUGAUGUCCUGUUUCUGUCUGUGGAUGUAUAUGCACAGGACUUUACACUGUGGUACUUAUGCCUCUUCCUUAAAACUCUGCAGAGGAGAAGCCUUAACUAUUAUGAAUGAGUUAGUAUGAAUAAGUGAAUGCAUGUAUUCUGUCCAUAGUGGGCACAGUCAGUGUCACAGGACGGAGGGAAAGGGCAUGGGACUGCCUAGCCCACUCUUGGGUCUCAGCUUCCUCAAUAAAAGUGGGUUAGAUUAGAGAAUUUCUGAUGUGUUUUCCAGUUCUAAAAUAUGGGUUAAUGCGGAUGGCAUAACAGUGAUAUACCAUUACCCAUAUCAAAGCAACUUACUUUGUAAAAACUAACUUCGAUAGAUGCAAAUGUAACAGCCAUGGUUUUCACGUAUCCUCUGUAUGGUUAGAAAACCACACACUAAACCUUAAAUCUGGAAGGACAGAGGACAACCUCUGAGGACCAGGGGUUUCCGGCAUAGGAAGUGAAUGCUAGUCCCACGUUUAAUGAAUCAAUUGGGAGCUGAGGUUUGCCAGCUGGUCUAACUCAGAUCCUAAUGUGGCAGUACUGGGUUCAACUCUCCAAACAGAUUUCAAGGCUUUGUGAAAAUAACCUCUCUUCUCAUUCAAGGAUAUGUUUAAUGGUUUAAUUCAACCAGUAUUUACUGAGCAAUUCCUAACUGUAAAAGUGUUAGCUUCUAAGGCACUAGAGGUAGAGGCAUGCCUGCCUGUCCCUCACCUUCGAGGAGGAACUCCUGAGGAGUUCAGUCCUUGUGGUAACCCCAACCCCACCGACACCUCAUAUAGUACCUGGAUCAGGGUAAGCAUCAGAAAUGAACCAACUAGACAUGGUCCCUAUGCUCUGCAGCAUUCCCAGCCCAGUGACACAGAUGAAACCUUAGUCGUUUUAAGAAAAUACAUUUUUCAUGUUUUUUUUAAUACAUGUAUUUAUUAUACUGUAAAAAGCAACACUACCUUAUUUCAUUUAAAAUAAAUGUUUCCCAAUUUCAGGAUACUUACAACUUCUAGUUUUAAGAUUAGAUUCACUUUGGGAAGUUUUGGAAGCAAAUACAUUCAUAGCUGUGUAAUCCCCGGGAAGAAUCUAAAUCCAACAUCAGGUCAUUCAGUCCCUGCCAGACAAAGCAUCAGAUGGUCAACAGCUAAUCCAGCUGUGCAGCUGAAGGGCAGUGUGGGGCAGCAGUGGGGUUCAGCAUAUUACCAAAGAUGAGACCAGCAGAACAACAUCAGCAAAAACAACAAUGUAUACAGAGCUUUAAAUUAACAUGACCAUAGAAAGCUAUCCCCAUACAGACAAAGCACAUACAAUCUGAAAGCCAAACCAAAAAACCUUUGGAGUUGCUGAUGGCAGCAGUUAAUGGCAGAGUAACAAGCAUUUAAACCAAAUUUACUCAUAUUACCAGCCAGCAGCAAACAGCCAGAGCAAGAACCAGGCGUAGUCAUAACAUCAGAGAUAAAUAAGAGCACAUUUAACAAUAAAGAUUUUACAGAACAGUUCUGAUCUGAUAAGAGAUGAAAACUCUGUUUGUUCCCAAAUAAUAGAACUCUUUUUAUUUGGGAAAAGUAUCUUAAUCAUUGGUAAUCAUUACGCCACACAAUACAGCCAUCUUAAUGUUUUAUUUUAAUAACACAGAACAAGCUGUUGUUUGAACAGUUAUCUUAAUUGAGUUCAGUUAAAAUGUGUCUACUGUGUAAUAUCUUUGGGGGCAAGCAUCUUGCAAAUGCUACCUGUCCGUGUGGCUUGACCGAUCUGUGGGGUAGAAACUCUGGCAGGGCUGACUGCCCACCUGUUAUCCUCUGCACAGAAGCUCGGGCGUGAGACCAGCUUCAUGCUUGAUGCCGCUGAGAACACUGGCCGUGGCUUCACAAAGGAGGUAUUGUCUUGAUAAUGGGAGGGCAAGGCUGAAGCCACUGACUUAGACUAGGAGCAAAAAUCAAAGCACCUGGAGGCUGCUGGAGUAAGGUGCCAUCAGGCAUCAUAAAGCUUAAAAGCAGCAACUGAUAAGAAAAAAAAAAAAGAGACCUAUAUGUGGUAAUGAUUAGCAUUCAUGUAGUUGAGAAUUCUUACUUUACUAAACACUGUUUCAAAAACAUCCAUUUGUGUGUGCAGCACUAAACAUCAGAAAUCCUCACUUACACACCCCUUGAGGUAUGACAGGAUAAAGCAUGUGUGCAAUUCCUACAGAUUCCUUUAUGUUUGGAAGCCCCUUUUACUCUCCAAAUUCUGAGUUAAUGCCCCAUGAUAAAGAAAUGACGGGUCUCAAUUUAACAUGAAAUGGCCUCUUUUUAUUAUUUAAAGAGACCACAAAGAUUUACACAAUAGGGAAUCAGAAGAAAUCUGGAGUGAUCCAUUGGUCCCCCAAGGAGGACAGAUAUCUUGAUGCAGACUUUUAAUGAUAAUGCUUAAAAACAAGUGUUAUUUGUAGCAGUUCCCAUGUUAUCAGAAUAACUUUGGUAGCUUACAGCAUUUCUGGAUUUCUCUUUAUCCUAGAAGCAAAAAAAAAAAAAAACUCAAAGAGCUACAGUAGCACAUCCUGUCAUUUUCUAGACUGAUAAGUUUGACUAUUUGAUUCCUCGAUCAGUAAUUUUGACUCUGGUUCACCUUCCGUACACAAAUGGCAAAGUUACAGCUCUGAUACCAGACAAAGGAGGCAUUUUCUGACUUACUGCAGAAAACAUGAAAACUGCAUAGUAUGCCAGCACUCACUUUCCCAGCAAAAGGAAAGAGGCAGAGAGCUCAAUUUCUGAGAAGAGAGGCUGGAGGAAGGGGAUAUAGAAAAAGGAAAUUUUUUCAAAAAGUAUUAUAACUACAUUCACACAUAUGUUUUGGUCACCAAACAUAUCUUGAACAGAUUCCCUGAUAGAGUCUAAUCAGAAUUGGUCUAUGCUAACAGUUUUUAAUUGUUAUAAUUUUUUAAGAAUCACAUCGUGAAGCUAGAGUGAGGGAGACAUUUUAAACAUACAACCAUAAGUGCAAUAGUUGUUCAAACACUCACACUAAAUCUAUAAUUGGAGUCUUGAAAUCACAAUAUUUGCUUCUAAAGGUGGCCUUGACCUAUUUGGACAGACUGUACAACAAAGCUUUAUUUAUAAAUGCAUAUCAGCAGAUCAUCACCAUAAAUUGAAAAUUCACAAAACACA